AUGACAGGUAAACAAGGAGCUGUGCUAUCUGAAACGCCGAAUAUAUCCAAAACGUCCUCUCUCGGUGCUAACGGAGGUAACAGCCUGCACCAACAAUCAAAGAACAGCGCCACGCACCCUCCCAGAUGCACGGGAUUCGGGAUCCAGGAGAUUUUAGGGCUGAAUAAAGACUCUUCGGCGGUCCCGAGGAGCACCCUGCAGUCUCUGCCAUCUGGGGCGCACCUGCUUGCCGCCAGGUCAAUGCUUGGUACGGCUGGUGUCGGAGUUGGGAUGGGAUUAAUCGGGCCUGGAGGGAUUCCGUCGUUCUACAGCCAACCAGCGUUUUUGGAGGUCCUGCAGGACGCGCAGAACGUUCACUUGCAGCCCCACAAUAGAACUGUGGGACCUCUGGACCACAGCCAGUCCGCCAGUUCGGACUCGGAAGAUUUUUCGUCAAACGAACGAAAACUCUCAAAGACCUCAUUAAGCCAGAGCAAGAAACGGAAGAAAAGACGGCACCGAACCAUAUUCACAUCUUACCAGCUCGAGGAGUUGGAGAAGGCCUUUAACGAAGCUCACUACCCUGAUGUGUAUGCACGGGAGAUGCUGGCUAUGAAAACAGAGCUUCCUGAGGACAGAAUACAGGUCUGGUUUCAGAACCGCAGGGCCAAAUGGAGGAAGAGGGAGAAGUGCUGGGGACGCAGCAGUGUGAUGGCAGAGUAUGGGCUGUAUGGAGCCAUGGUCCGUCACUCCAUCCCCCUACCGGAUUCCAUCCUCAAGUCUGCCAAGGAUGGCAUCAUGGACUCUUGUGCCCCAUGGCUGCUUGGGAUGCACAAAAAGUCCAUGGAGACCACGGUCGUCCAGCCAACAGGGAAGUUCGACAUUCCCCAGCAGCCAGCCAUUCAGAGAGGAGAAGAAUGUGACGUGGAGGAGAAGAGGCCGGAGGGCAAGUCACCCAUCUCCAAAGAGGAACUGAGGGAGAACAGCAUCGCAGCACUCAGGGCAAAAGCACAGGAGCACAGUGCCAAGGUGCUCGGGACUGUUACAUGUGAGAGACCAGAGAGCAAAGUGGAGAGACAGGCAGCAGAGGAAAAAUCUAGUGGCCCUUUGAGUCCAGUGGAAGAGCCCAAGAGUCCAUAGACCCUCACUUUGUAAAGACUUUGCAGUUCUCUUGACUGUUCUCUAAACAUC